UUCAACGAGAACAUGCACCUUUUAUUGAACAAACGUCAACUUAUUGAGGAAAAAUCACAUCAUAUUGAUUUAUUAUUACCAAAUAUCAAUAGGUUAGAAGGAUAAUAUUGUCAUUUCUUAGGUUAACAAAUACGCCUUGUUUCCAUUGGAAAAACGGUAGAAACUUGCCAACAGGAAUCUAAGCCCAAGAAAAAAGUCCUAUACACGAUUAUCACUGGAUUUCUACCAUUGUUCCGAAAUUUUUCGACUGGAAAUUCAUGGAUUCUGAGCGCUAGAAUUAUUAAUUAGGGUUAGAAAAUUUAAUUAGAUUUUAUUUUUUUUUUGUUUUUAGUUCAAAUUUACCAAAUGAUACUUUACAAAGAUUACGUCAAGAAAUUGAACAUUUAAAAGAAGGUUUUGCUGAAACAAUUAUAGAACUUGAAACUCGAACAACAUUUAUUAAUAAAACAAUCAAAUCAAUUGAAGAUGCAUUAAGAUCACUUGAUGAACAAAUGAUUAAAUUUGAAACUGAAAAUAAAGAACGAGAACGAGAACGACGUAAACGUAAACGUCAACGUCAACGUCAACGUCAACGUCAAUGGCAUUUAUUUAUCGAUGAAAUAAAUUUAUUACAAGAUAAAUUAAAUAGAUUUAAACAACGAAAAAUUAAUAGACAAGAUUCAAUUGAAGAACAAAUUCAUUUUAUACGAAUGCAAAAUCAAGAAUUAGAUCAAUAUCAAUAUCAAUAUGAUUUAUCACAUUUAAAACAACAUCGACAAACAAUGUGUCGUUGA